AUGGAGAAACGGAAUUUGAGCAACAAGGAAGACCGUCAGGUCCCCCAAUAUUACGUGGCGAAACAAAAUACCAUUCUGAUGCGUAUAUCAGGAGAGUGCGAGCAAAAUAUCAGUACGUUACGGCUUGGCAUGCUUGUCGAAGCCGUCGAAGAGUUGGUAGAUAGCGCACUCAGAAUUCGAGUGAUUGAUACGACAGGAUCAGAAAUUUGGCAUGGCACUGAAUGGCGUUGUCACAGACUUGAUCUGAUCUCUGUCUCAUCAGAAGUAUGGAAAUUUCUGCCUGCUGUUUCAGUACCUCAAGAAAGGGUUCGUUUAGCCAACCACAAACAUUUGUGCGAAGAACUUAUGAACCUGGUGAUAAAUGAUACCAUUUGGUAUUGUCCUAAUCCACAAGGAUGUACAAAAUAUUUAGCAAUUAUUAAAUACAUUGGGCCUGUGUCAGAACUUGGCCAAGGAUAUUAUUUUGGGAUUGAUUUAUUGGAAGGUCAAGAAUCAUUCAAAACAGCUUUCUCAUUAAUUAAAGAGUACUUUACUUGUACUCAUUCAGAUGGAAAAUUUGCUACAUUGAGUAACAUUUUUCCAUUAAAACCAGAAGGUCCUACAGGUCUUGGAAACACAGACAAAAGUUUAUUUGUGAAAACUGAUACAGGAAAUAAUUGUAUUAAUGAUAAAAAGAAAUCUGCACUUGAUUCUACACCACCUGUAUUGUUGGAAAGGUUCACCAUAUUUGAUGACAAUAAAAAUAAUAAUAGAGAUCAACGAUCCCUGUCAAAGGAGUAUCUUCAGUCAGUAAAAUCAAUGGCACUUGAAAAUGAUAGCAGUGUAACUAAAAAUACAAAUAUCCAUGGUAAUACACCUGAAAGAAAUGAAAAUAAGAAAUUUGGACAUGUAGAAAAUACAGACUUAAUUGUGGGUUCGAAUGUGAAGGUGCUUCUGGAUUCUGAUGUACGCUAUGGAGUUAUCCGUUGGAUUGGAACACCUCCUGGUAUUACUCCUGGCAAACUAAUGGCAGCUGUGGAACUGGAUGACAACCAUCCAUCGGGUACCGAUGGAACAUAUAAAGAUGUAAGAUAUUUUCGCUGUCGACCUUACAGAGCUGUUUUUACAGAUCUUGAACAAUGUUCUCAUUAUGAUAGAAUGACGAAAAUUGACGAUUCAACAGCAUCAGUUUCAGAUAAUUUCGGAAAUAUGGAAAGCUCUGUAAUUGUCGGUAUGGUACGUCCUAUUUCGGUGAAAGGAAAUUUGGAAAGUAUUUGCGGAAAAUACCGAGGGAUUCAAGGUCAUCAUAAUUCAUGCUAUUUAGAUGCUACUCUUUUUAGCAUGUUUACAUUUACUAGCGUUUUCGAUAAUCUCUUAUUUAGACCGCCAAAUGAAAAAGACUGCCUGCAAUAUGAAGAAGUGCAACGGGUAUUACGUGAAGAAAUUGUAAAUCCACUUAGAAAAAAUAUGUUUGUUAGAGCUGAUCGCGUAAUGAAACUACGAACUUUGCUCGAGAAAUUGUCAUCGGUAUCUGGGCUUACCAGUGAAGAAAAAGAUCCUGAAGAGUUCUUAACAUCUCUGGUUGCUCAGAUUUUAAACGCCGAACCAUUUCUGAAACUAAGUUCCGGGCAAGAUGCAUAUCAUUAUCAACUGUUCGUUGAAAAAGACGAUCAUUUAAAUCUUCCAACGGUGCAACAAUUACUAGAACAGAGUUUCCUUACGAGUAAUAUAAGGUUAAAAGAAGUUCCUUCAUGUCUUAUUAUACAAAUGCCUCGAUUUGGAAAGUCAUUUAAAAUGUAUCCAAAAAUUCAACCUACCCUACUACUUGACGUAACAGACAUAAUUGAAGAUUCUCCUAGACAAUGUACUGUUUGUGGAAAAUUAGCAGAAUUUGAAUGCAAAGAAUGUUAUGGGGAAUGCGGUGUUGGACUCGAAAGCAUUGCAUUUUGUUUGCAAUGUUUGGAAAAGGUACAUCGUCAUGAAAGGAGAACAAAUCAUGAACCAAAGAAGCUUGUAGUACCAAUGGAAUUUACCAUUUUACAAGAACAUUGUCCUGUUCCGAGGUUGUAUCUCGAAUUAUCAGCAGUAGUGUGCAUUGAAACAUCACACUACGUAUGUUUCGUAAAAUGCGGUUCCGGGUCAGAAGCACCAUGGUGUUUCUUUGAUUCAAUGGCCGAUAGAAAAGGAGAACAAAAUGGUUACAAUAUACCGGAAAUGGUCCCGUGUCCCGACUUUCCAUAUUGGUUAAGCGAUGAAGGUGGAAAUUAUCUAACCGAAUUAACAGACGAUCGUCACCUACCAGAGCAUGCAAAAAGACUUUUAUGCGAUGCAUACAUGUGCAUGUAUCAGUCCCCUGAUGUUAUGAUGUACAAAUAAGUCGAAUUGCCUGAUAUUUUAGGUAAGUUAGGUUUAUAAGCAUAGGCAUACGUUUGUGCUUGUUGAUUUAUUAUUUAUUUAAUGUACACAAGCUAAUCCGGUAAAGCUAAUUUCUAUAUAGUAAAUACAUCUGUUUUUAAAGAAGUAAAGACAAAAAUCGUAUAGCGUUGAAUUAUGUUGACAUGUAAAGUUAAUUCAAAUGCUGCUGAAAACGUGCAGUGUUAAGGAAACUAAAAUUAUAUGUAUAUUAUACAAAUCACUUGAAAAUUACUGUUUUUAAUCAAAACCUAGUAAUCUAAAAUUCGAGCAUACUGGUUUAUUUUGUCAUUCAUAGUUAUAUAUGUAUAUAUAGAUGUAUAUAUUCAUCAGUAACAUAAAAUUAAAUUUCAUUCUAUAUCGAAGUUCUAAGAAAAUCUACUAUGUAUACGUAAAAUUUACAUACUAUAUCUUUUUAUAAAUUUAUUUGAGAUUACUUCAAUAGAUCGAUUGAAAAUCAUGAUAAUUCACAAAAAUGAAUAUUUAUCGUGUCAAUACACAAAUUAUAUUCGUGGAAAUCUAUUAAAAAUGAUACAUGCAUAUGAAACAUGGAAGAAUGUAGUUUUAUAUUAAAAGAUUAUAAAUACGUCAAAAA